AUGGCCGUGGCCGCGCUCCCGCCCCGGCCCCGGCCCCGGCCCCGGCCCCUGCUGCUGCUGCUGCUGCCGCCAGUGCUGCUGCUGCUGCUGCUGCCGCCGCGCGCCGGCCGGGUGCGCGCUGACAGUAAGGUGUUUGGUGACACGGAGCAGGUGCGUAUGACCUCGGAGGGCUCUGACUGCCGCUGUAAGUGCAUCAUGCGGCCGCUGAGCAAGGAUGCUUGCAGCCGCGUGCGCAGCGGGCAGGCCCGGGUAGAAGAUUACUACACUGUGGAGACAGUGAGCUCGGGAACGGACUGCCGCUGCUCCUGCACAGCACCACCCUCCUCGCUCAAUCCCUGUGAGAACGAGUGGAAGAUGGAGAAGCUCAAGAAGCAGGCACCGGAGCUCCUCAAGCUACAGUCCAUGGUGGAUCUCCUGGAAGGUACCUUAUACAGCAUGGACCUGAUGAAAGUGCAUGCCUAUGUCCACAAGGUGGCCUCCCAGAUGAACACACUGGAAGAGAGCGUCAAGGUGAACCUGAGCCGGGAGAAUGAGGUAGUGAAGGAGAGCAUGCGCCACCUGAGUGAGCAGCUGAAGCGCUAUGAGAAUCACUCGGCCAUCAUGAUGGGCAUCAAGAAGGAGCUCUCCAGCCUGGGCCUCCAGCUGCUGCAGAAGGACGCAACCUCUGUCUCAGCCGCUGCCCCAGCCCCCGGCCCUGCUAGCAAGGCUCAGGACACAGCUGGAGGGAAGGGCAAAGACAAUACCAAAUACAGCAACAUGCAGAAGAGCUUUGUUGACCGAGGUCUCACCAAACCUAAGGAGAAGCUGCUAAAGGCAGAGAAGCCAAGGAAGGAAGGUGGCAAGGGCAGAUUCCCCCUGCCCACAGCCAAGCCCCGGACCCUGGCCCAGCAGCAGGCCGUGAUCCGAGGCAUCACCUACUACAAGGCAGGCAGGAAGGAGGUGUCCGAGGCUGUGGCCGAUAACGCCCUCAAGAGCACUUCCUGGCUGGAACAGCUGCCGCCCAGGUUGGAGGGCAGGCCACCAGAGCCCAACUCAGCAGAACAUGAUGAGGCUGGGCCCAGGGCCUCAGAAGGAGCAGACUUGACCUCUGACACCCCCAGUUCAGAUCCGGCCACCACCCCCACCCCGACUCCCACCACCCAGCCCCAGCCCACCAAGCCACCUUCACACCCAGAUGUCCUAAGCCAAGGCAGAGAGAUGAGCUGUGAGGGCACCUUGCGGGCCGUGGACCCCCCUGUGAGGCAUCACAGCUAUGGACGCCAUGAAGGAGCCUGGAUGAAGGACCCCUCCGCGAAGGAUGACAGGAUCUAUGUCACCAACUACUACUAUGGGAACAGCUUGGUGGAGUUCCGCAAUCUGGAGAACUUCAAGCAAGGCCGUUGGAGUAACAUGUACAAGCUGCCCUACAACUGGAUCGGCACGGGCCAUGUGGUGUACCAGGGUGCCUUCUACUACAACCGUGCCUUCACCAAGAACAUCAUCAAGUAUGACCUGAGGCAGCGAUUCGUCGCUUCCUGGGCGCUGCUGCCCGACGUGGUAUAUGAAGACACCACUCCCUGGAAGUGGCGUGGCCACUCAGACAUCGACUUCGCCGUGGACGAGAGCGGCCUGUGGGUCAUCUACCCCGCUGUGGAUGACCGCGAUGAGGCCCAGGCCGAGGUGAUCGUGCUGAGCCGCCUGGACCCCAGCGACCUCUCCAUGCACCGGGAGACCACAUGGAAGACACGGCUGCGGCGGAACUCCUACGGGAACUGCUUCCUGGUGUGCGGCAUCCUGUAUGCCGUUGACACGUACAACCAGAAGGAAGGCCAGGUGGCCUAUGCCUUUGACACGCACACAGGCACCGAUGCCCGCCCGCAGCUGCCCUUCCUCAACGAGCACGCCUACACCACCCAGAUCGACUACAAUCCCAAGGAGCGGGUAUUAUACGCCUGGGACAACGGCCACCAGCUCACCUACACCCUCCACUUCGUGGUCUAGCCCGGACCUGUGCUCACAGGAGAGGAGUGGCAGGGGAUAUGGGGGCUCCCCCACAGCAACUCCUGCAAGGGGCUCCAUCAGCAAAAUUUAUUGGAGUCUAGGCCCGGGGCAGGUGCUAGGCAUGUGGUGCAGCCAGGAUAAAGCUUCCUUGGCACCAGGUGGAUUAAUAAUCCCUUCCACUUGCAGAGCACUAUGCCAAGAGCUUCACAUGCACAAACCCAUUCAAUCCUCCCAGUAGCACCCUCAGAGAUAGAGAUAUUUAAGCCCAUUUAACAGAUGAGGACACUGAGGCUCAGAGAGACCAUAUCACUUGCCUAAGUAGCCUCAGUUUGGAUCAGGCAAGCCAGGUUGUCACAAUAGCCCUAUUUUACAGAUGAGGAGACCUGACCGUGCUCCCCUACACCUCCAGGCCUCUCCCCACUCUUCUAAUUUCUCUUGUACUCUCAACUCUCACUCAAAAGCAGAGGCCUCUGGGACCUAUGCACUCGUGCUGUUGGAGGCUCCGCGCUGUGUACCACCCCAGGCCCCCGCUCUAGCUGACAUGCUGGUGGCCCUGGGCUAAUGUUCCUGCUCCUUGCCUUUGGUCACCCCGCCACCACCAUCCACCUCACCCUCUGUCCAACCACAUUCCAAACCUCCAUGGUCACCCAGCCACUGAGCAUAAACCACACCCCGAGGAAAAAUACUGGCUCCUGUUCCAAGGUCCCCUCCCUCCGCAUUUAUGUUUACUUUCUCUUACUGCUCCUCAGUGCUGUCAUUUGUUUCUGCAGCAGCAGCUGAGGAGGAAGCAGGCAGCUGCCUGCCAGGCCCAACUCUACCAGGGUGAGGACCUGGGCCAGGUCCCUCUCCCCCCAGAAGUGCUGGCUUUGGCCCCACAUACCCGGGCCCUGGGACCUCUCCUCAGCUCCUCCCAGAGCCUUUGGGCCCGGGCUCCAUGUUGUCCUUUCUCUCUGGACCUUUGAACCCACAACCUACCUGCACUCAGGGAUACCUCCAGGUCUGCCAUGAGCAAGACCCUGCACCCAGGGCUGGGGUGGUGCCAGGAUGAAACAGAUUCCUUCUUUGUCACUCCUGACCCGGCCAUUUGUUGGAAUGGCCUAGCAGUUUUUGGCGUGGUUAGGGGUCCUGGAGGAGGCAGAGAUCUAAGCAGUUGGGUCCAGAAGAGGCAUUGGACCUUAUGAUUGCAGGGAAGUGCUUGAGGGUGGAAGCUAGAAAGGAAGGGGAAGGAGGUCUGUGGACUGGGCUUUUCUAGGCUUCAGAGUUGUUGGUGCCAGGCCUUGGGGCUGAGGAGGCACAGGUGGACCAUCUGUUACCUGUGCUGCUGGUGGCUCCCCUGAGCCUCAGACCCAGACAGUCCACAGGACAAGCCUUUAAGCCUGUACCUCAUCUGCUUUGGAUAGUAGUAUUUUUAGAGCUAGGAAGUUCACCAGUCCAACUCCCUGUUUCAGCAAAGGAAAAAGAGGCCCAGAGAGCUUUAGAGAGUGGCUUGGGCCACACUGAGCAACAGGACACAGCUGAUCUUCCAGAAGGGCUUUGUCUAUAGCCUGCAUUCUUCCUUCGAGGCAGCUCUGCCUGGGAAGGCCACAGACUACCGAGCACACAAUCCAUCCCAACACCUUUGAGAGUAUUUACUGCUGAUCCCGACACCACCCUCUGUCCCUACUCCCCUCAUUCUGUCCCCAUGCCAGCUCAUGCACAUUUGUGUAUUUGAACACCCAGCUGCCAUGUUAGAAAAUUCAGCUGCAAACCUAAGAGUGGAAGGAAAUGCAUUUUGUGCAGAAGACAUUUCUUUCAAGCAUUGUCAGGUGAUGUUUUAUUUAAGCUGUAACUCACCCCUGAAAUAAAGAGGAAUGAUGAUGGCCAGCCAAGCAAGGCCUGACUCAUAGUGGUGGACACAUCCAGCCUCCCCCACCCAGCCAUCGGCGGGCUCCACUGAACAGUCUCUUCAGGGGGCUGCGUUUCCCUUGGCCCUGGGUGUGGGUUUUACAAGACUGUCUUUCAUGAUAUCACAGCCUAACCAUGCAAGAAAUGUUCAGACUCCUCUUGCUCAUUAGUCUGAGAAAAAGGAAAGAAAGGACGAGAUUUGGGAAAAUUAAAGGGCAAGCAAGCUUGUUUUCUGGGGAAGAUGAUGCUAGCUGCAGCCUCCAAGCAUUCACUAAGACCCUUUUGUUUUUCAGGCCUUAGUAUGUGGGUUAUGUGGUAGAUAGUUCUUUUGCUCACUUUAUAGAUAGUCAAACAAGCCCAGACAUGGGUCACUUGUCAUGUAAGCAGUUGAGUGGAGAGCUGGGUCUCAAAAUCAGGUCAUCUAAUCAUCACCACUGACUGAGCAUCAGGUGUGCCAAGCAUGCCAGGUGCAUAUUCUUGCAUCAUCACAACAGGGAAAGUGCCCAUUUUAUAGACGAAGAAACUGAGGUAAAGGGACUUACCCAGACUACCCUUAGUCUGUGGCAGAUACGGGUUUCAGAGCUGGUCAGUACGUGUUGUUUGCCAACUGCAUGGCACUCCAGGAGCAGCUCCAGAAGUGGUGGCUUUUAUUCACUGUGACCAGGCCACAAACUGCAUCCACAGAGGAGACCCAAGAAAGAGGUUGGAGUCAGCUUGUAAAGAGCCCUGAAUGUCAAACCAAGGACUGCCUCCAAUCACAUUUAGAACAAAGUCAAGUAUAAAUUAACAGAGAAAAGAAAAUUCUAAGACAAUUGGAAUUUAUUCCAUUGCUGAUGGGAGGCAGGGACAGGUUUUUGUCAUGGACUUUAUUAUAUUUGGCAACAAGUACUUCAAAUAAGAAAGGACCAGGACUGGGGAGCCCCAGUGUUUCUUACUGACCUUGGAUGUGAAGGCAAAGGAAGCUGUCUCCGAUGUUCUGAACACAUGAAGGGGCUUUGGCUACCACCUUGGAUUCCCCCGUAGAGAUUACUAGGCCUGAAUAUUUAAUUUGCUCUGUCUGCGGAGGAGAGAAGGGAGCCUCUGCCUUGGGGGCAGCACUAUAAGUGAGGCUGGGGUUUCCCUGGGAGUAAUUUGAGUGUUCCUGAAAACCUAUGUUCCAAAGCAUCAUUUUUUCUUCUUGACAGCAUUGGAAACCACUCUGGUGACAGGAGGACACAGCACUGAUGGUUGACAGGGAGCCUGGGCAGGAGUUAGAGAGGCCUAGGUUGGGAUCACUCUGCCUCUUAUGUGCUGCAUGCUUGGGCAGGGUAGAGACUGAGAGAGGGGACAGAUGUCAACUCCCUUUUAUGACUGAAGACCUGCAGCUUAGCAAAGACUUGGGCCAGCUGAGGACCCAAGCAGCACCAUCCUAGAGCUAGAAGGCACUUUUACACACAUUGUUACUGACGCACCCAGGAACCCCCAAAGUUGGCCUCACUUUUCCUCCCUUCACCCCCCUAUUACCCCCAGGUGAUGAACUGCAAGUUCAGAGAAGUUAAGCAACCUGCUCAGGGUCAUGAAUCUAACAAGUAGUAGAGUCAAGAUUUGAACCAGGUCUGUUUCUACACCAAAGCCCCAAACUACCUGUUGUUAGUACUCUUCUAACAAGUCGUGUUUCCUCUUUUGCUUUGGCAGCUGGGAAUCUCAAAGUCAAAUUUGAGAUUACUUUUUAACAAUUAUACUGAGUCACCGAGUGGGCUCUGACUUCAUUCUAGCUUUCUGCUUUAGCCUUGACCCUGAUCUGUUUAUUUUUACUCUAUUGUAUUAUACCUACAUUUGUAAGUUGCCACAAUACUUUUUUUUUUUUUUUUUUUUUGCAACAAGGUGGUAUAUACCUAAAUAAAUACAUGAUCAAAAACUCUGUUUGAAA